AUGCCGAACAAGUGGGAGGACGCAUCUUUGGACAAGGUGAAGGAGAAAGAUGUCGACAUCCCGCCAUGUUGGUGUGGAGAUGUUUGCAAGGUGAAGGUGUCCACCGACCGAAAUAAAUCAUGGACGGAAGGGCGGAGAUAUUUUGUAUGCCCGAACUAUGCUUAUGAUCGUGCACUUCCAACUAACGCCUAUGACCAACCACCGUCACCGCCUCCUCUAUGCAAGUACUUCACGUGGAUAGAUCUUGAAGUGCCAGAAGAUGUCAAAAAGGACCAAUACCAAGAUUGUCUUAGGCGGCAACGGCGGUUCGAAGAAUCGUUUCGAAGAGGCUUGGAGGAAGAGCGUCGUCAGAAGGAGAGGAUGGAGCGGAAGAAACGAGAGGAGGAGAGGGCACGCCAAGCGAAACUUGCUCGUGAGGAGGAGAGGGCAAGAAAGCUUGCAAAGGCUCGCGAGGCGCAAGAGGAGGACUCGGCCCAUGACAAGAAGGGGAAAUGGCCUCGCUCUACUCAGUAG